AUGGCAUUCACCACCAAGGCGACCAUCGCCUCCUUUGGCGGCCAGCUCCUCAAGCUCUCCCACGCCUCGAGCACCACGAAGACCGACAUGGCCUUGAACCUCUACCUGCCGCCCUCGUCCUCCAAGUCGCCCGUGCCCCUGCUCAUCUACCUCUCCGGCCUGACCUGCACGCCCGACAACGCCACCGAGAAGUCCUUCAUCCAGUCCACCGCCGCGGCGCGGGGCAUCGCCGUCCUCCUGCCCGACACGUCGCCCCGCGGCCUCGACAUUGCCGGCGCCAACGACGCCUACGACUUUGGCGAGGCGGCCUCCUUCUACAUCGACGCUCAGAAGGCGCCCUACGCCGACAACUACAAGAUGGAGACGUACCUCGUCCGCGAGCUGCCGGGCCUCCUCGAGAGGGACUUUGCCGACAGGAUCGACUUCAAGCGGGUCUCCAUCACGGGCCACUCCAUGGGCGGGCCACGGCGCCCUGACCCUGUACCUCAAGCACCCGGGCCUGCGUUCAAGGGCUACCUCGGCGACGACGUCGAGGAGUGGAAGAAGCACGAUGCCACCGAGCUCGUCAAGGGCUGGAAGGGCCCACUGAAUGCCCUCAUUGAUGUUGGCACGGGCGACAACUUUUACAAGCAGGGCCAGCUCCUCCCGGAGAACUUUGAGGCCGCCGUCAAGGAGGCGGGUCUGUCCGGUCUGGAGCUGCGCUACCAGAAGGACUACGACCACUCAUACUUCUUCAUGGCCUCUUUCCAGCACGACCACGUUAACCACGCCGCCAAGUUCCUCGGCGUGUAG